AUGGCCCUUAAGUACCUGCUGCUUGCUGUUUUCCUCCAUGGAGCAUCUUGCAAACAGCUGAAAUCUCCUUCUGAACAUCAAGCGGGAGCGGUUCCCUUUGCGGAGGUCUGGCGCCGGAGCUACUGCCGCUCCCGGGAAACGCUGGUGGACAUCUUGGCUGAAUUCCCCCACGAAGCUGAGCACAUCUUCAAGCCGCCGUGCGUCCCGUUGUGGCGAUGCGCCGGGUGCUGUGGAGACGAAAGCCUGGAGUGUGCCGCGGUGGAGACGCGCACCAUUGACCUGCAGGUGGUGCGUGUGAGCCCCAUCCUGGGCAAGACGCAGCAGGAGGUCAUGACGUUCACGGAGCACACGCGGUGUGUUUGCCGGCCUCGGCGAAAACGUUUGAAAAAAGAGAGGAUCCACCGGAUCGGGGCCAAGAGGAAACCCCGAGAACCAGAAACGACGUCUUCCCCUCCGCUCAGUUGCCAACUUUCCAACAACGCUGACCAAGUCCAAGACGAAGCUAUGGAUCCGACUGAAACCGAGAACGUGUCCUGA